CGUCCGUUUCCACAAGCACAACCGAUCACCCUCACAUCACAUCCCAUAUAAAACAGGGGAGCCCCGUCCAUCUCUUUCACAGCCACAGCCACAGCCACAGCCGCAGCCCCUCUCUCCUUCCUCCUCGCGUCAUCGAUCGAUCGCGUCCGCCUUUUCCGCGGGCCUCUCCCUCGAUCCGAUCAGCGGCGCCAUGGAGCAGACUUUCAUCAUGAUCAAGCCCGACGGCGUCCAGAGAGGCCUGAUUGGGGAUAUCAUCAGCCGAUUUGAGAAGAAAGGGUUCUACUUGAAGGCGAUGAAGUUUAUGAAUGUGGAGAGAUCCUUCGCGCAGCAGCAUUACGCCGAUCUCUCUGCACAGCCCUUCUUUGCCAAGUUGGUGGAGUACAUCAUUUCCGGCCCUGUUGUCGCCAUGGUGUGGGAGGGGAAGGAUGUUGUCUUGACUGGCCGCAGGAUCAUCGGGGCCACCAGGCCAUGGGAGGCAGCUCCUGGCACCAUCCGCGGUGACCAUGCUGUGGAGGUUGGCAGGAAUGUGAUUCAUGGAAGUGAUUCUGUGGAGAACGGAAAGAAGGAGAUCGCCCUGUGGUUCCCUGGAGGCUUGGCCGAAUGGAAGAGCAACCUCCACCCUUGGAUCUACGAGAACUGAACCGACCCGAUCACCUACACUUCUACUUGUUGAUGAUGCCUCGUUUCUUCAUAAUUCGAGGCUGUCCCGGUCUGGCUAUCGAGUCGAUGAUUACACUUCGUGCCGUGUGAUGAUGUUAAUAACCGCACUUUGAAUGUGUUGCCUGAACCUGUAUGGCUUUUGCGUUUCCUUUAAUGUAACUGAUGCCACCUCAGUGCAGUUGCCUAAAAUAAGAUGAACCAAACAGGGGAGCUUAACUUUUGUUUAUUAUAGAUUGAUUGACAUCUCGGAAGGGAUUGUCGAUGUUUAAGUCGCA